CUUUGUGGGGGUCCGGAGCCAGACACAUGCCUCCCCAUUCCACCUGUGCCCGGGAAAACCACCUUGCUGUACUCGGCCAGUCAAUCCAGGGCAGUGCCCACACAGUGCCAGCCAGGCACUCCAUGGCAUCCCGCCAAGGACUGGCGGGGCCUAGCCCUGACUCUCAAACCCGGUAACUGAUCGCAGGCGUCCUUAUCUCUAAAGCCAAGGUGUGGGUCCGUGGAGACUCCGUGUCCCAGCAUGCAACGUUCUGGGCAACCCUGGCACUCCGUGCCGGGAGAGAGCCCGGGCAUGCCAGGCCUCGGGGAGAGCAGGAGAGCGGCCGUGGGGGGCGGCCCCGGCCCUCUGCCCUCGGGAACCCCCGAGAGCUUGGGGGACGGCAGUGACCCUGGGGGUUGUCACUCUGUUCCAGCGACCCCUGCCUCGCGAACGACUGCAAAUACGCCAACAAGUUCCACUUCACUGUCUCUUUGGGAACUGCAAGUACGUGUGUAAGACCUCCGGAAGGCCGAGUCCCACUGCCUGGACCAUAUCAACCCUAGCAACAACCCUGGUGAACGUGCGAGACCAGUUCGCUUAUUACUCCCUGCAGUGUCUCUGUCCAAACCAGCACUGCGAGUUCCGGAUGCGAGGCCACUACCACUGCCUGCGGCCCGGCUGCUACUUCGUGACCAACAUCACGACCAAGCUUCCUUGGCAUAUAAAGAAACACGAAAAGGCAGAACGCCGGGCAGCCAACGGGUUCAAGUAUUUCACCAAGCGUGAGGAGUGCGGGAGACUAGGCUGCAAGUACAACCAGGUCAACAGCCAUUUCCACUGUAUCCGAGAGGGUUGCCAGUUUUCCUUCUUGCUCAAACACCAGAUGACGUCCCAUGCCCGGAAGCACAUGCGAAGGAUGCUGGGGAAGAACUUCGACAGAGUUCCCGCUCAGGUGAUCGGACGCCCCAGCAGGAGUGAAAACCUCCCCCUGGGGGGCAGUCCGGCCCCCAGCCCCGCCUCAUCAGGGACUCCCGCUUCAUUGCAGGGACCUCAGAACCUGAUGGACACCGAGACGGACGAGUACAUGGAUUACACGGGCUGCAGCCCUGGGGCGGUCUCCUCAGAAUCCUCCAACAUGGACCGAAGCUGCUCCAGCACUCCGGUGGGCAAUGAGAGCACCUCAGCAGGCUGCCUGGCUGCUGCCGCUCCUGCUGCCACUGCCGACGAGGCCCCCCAGCCUCCACUGCCUCCAUCCUUCUCACAGGCCCUGCUCAGGUCGCCCCUCCCCUCCCUCCCAUACCUCCUCUCUCCGUCUUGUGUCUCAUAUUCUCUGCUCAGUGCCACUCUCGGAACCAGCCGGGCCCUUGUCAUGCCCGCCACCAGCACGCCUGGCUUCCCGUCUGUCCUUGCCACUCCACCUCCAGUCAAAAGUGACAUCCCCAUAGUACAGGACGCUGCAGGGAACACCAUCACCAUGCCGACGGCGUCGGGGGCCAAGAAGCGCUUCUGGAUCAUCGAGGACAUGUCCCCCUUCGGCAAGCGCCGCAAGACGGCGUCGUCGCGCAAGAUGCUGGACGAGGGCAUGAUGCUGGAGGGCUUCCGGCGCUACGACCUGUACGAGGACUGCAAGGACGCGGGCUGCCAGUUCUCGCUCAAAGUCACGCACUACCACUGCACGCGCGAGAACUGCGGCUACAAGUUCUGCGGGCGCACGCACAUGUACAAGCACGCGCAGCACCACGACCGCGUGGACAACCUGGUGCUGGACGACUUCAAGCGCUUCAAGUCGUCGCUGAGCUGCGACUUCGCCGACUGCCAGUGGUCGGGGAACAGCACCCACUUCCACUGCCUGCGCUGCGGCUUCCGCUGCACGGACAGCACCAAGGUGACGGCGCACCGCAAGCACCACGGCAAGCAGGACGUGAUCAGCGCCGCGGGCUUCUGCCAGUUCAGCUCGAGCGCCGACUGCGAGGUCCCCGACUGCAAGUACAAGCUCAAGUGCUCGCACUUCCACUGCACGGCCCCGGGCUGCAAGCACACCGUGGUGGGCAUGUCGCAGAUGGACUCCCACAAGCGCAAGCACGAGAAGCAGGAGCGCGGCGAGCUGCUGCCCGCCGUCAGCCCCGGGCCCGACGGGCUCCCGCCCGGCGCCCCUGACCACGAGGCGCCUCGCGGCGGCGGCGGCGGCAGCGGCGACGGCCUGGGCCUGGACAGCUCCCUCAACCUGGGCGCCGACCCCGGCGGCUCCCUCUUCUUUCUCCAGAGCGCCGCCGCCGGCCUGGGCCUCAACGACUCCCUGGACCUGAGCAAGAAGCCCCCCGAGGCCCAGGGCCUGGGCCUGGCCGAGCCCCCGCAGGCAGUGCCCGGCCCGGCGGGCUGCCUGGACGACUCGUCCCAAGAGGAAGAGGAGGAGGAGCUGAACGAGGACGAGGAGGUGGAGGAGGACGACGAAGACGAGGACGAUGAGGAGGACGAGGAAGAGGACGAAGAGGAUGAGGACGAGGAUGACGACGAGGACGACGAGGACGAGGAUCUGAACACGGACUCGGAGGAGUCGCUGCCCGACGCGGCCGCCGCCGCUGCGGCAGUCCAGGGCGAGGCCCUUGGGCCCAAGGGCGCGGGGCCGGGAGAAGAGCCGUGUCCCCUGAACCACAGCGAUGCUGCCCGGCCCCCCGCUGUGGGAGACUUGCCGGCUUCUACCUCCCCGUAAGCUCCUGGCCCAGGCGUGUGGUCCGUGUGUUCGUGGCGUGUGUGUUUGCAAGUAAGACUCGAGAGAAACCCAGAACCCCUAGAGAAGAGGCCCUCCAGCACCUCCCUGCCUGCCCGGCCCCGACCGACCCGGCCCCCUGGCCUCCGGGAGGGAGGGGGCGACCCAGGGUCACGGCGCGGCUGAAAUGGAAAGGGGGGAGGGGAGCACCUUCCCGCUCCCGCUUCCUCCCCUCCCCCAGCGGCCUUGGCUCCGCGGGGCUCCUCCGUCAGGGCGCCCCCAAGGAAGAGGGGGGCUGGGGAGGGGUAUUUAUUGUUGAACAGAAAAGCAUUGAAUGGAAGGGGGCGGGCAGGGGCCGGGCACUGCGGCCUCCAGCCCCUCCCGGGGUCUUUCCUCAUUACAUUGUUCUUUUUUUUAAAGAUAUUUAUACGUAAAGCGUCCCUCUGUACAGAGAUGUUCCCUUGGACUCCUGGCGGUGGGCCGGGGCCUCGGGGGAGCGGCCUGGCCGGCCUGGGCUGGGCCUGGUUCCCCCCUUCCCACCUACCCACUCUUCCUUCCACCCAUGCUAGGCUCGGAAAUGCCAGCACCUGCCCAGACCGGCCCGCUCACCAAAGCAGAGUGGGGGUGGCCGAGGUCCCCGCCCUGCCCCCCAGGACACCUGGCCCGGCUCCAUUGCCAAGGACAAAGGAGAGGGGUUUCCGUGAACUCUAGCGGGGUUUGGGUGCUUUCUUCAGGGAAACAGCUUUUGUCUAUAUAGGGGUGCCCAGCCUUGGGCUCCCCCCUCCCGGGACUAUUUAUUGCUCAGGACUGUGACGCCGUGGCCAGGGCCACUGUGAACCCUCGGGCUCCCCGGGGCCUUCUCCCGCCCAUCUCCCAGGGCCUCAGGCCCGCUCCUUAGAGCAGCCAGGGCCUAGCUCCCUUUGCAAUCAGUGAGGAAGAACUAGGGUGCCGAGAAGGGGUGCCCAGGGCCCCCCUUCCCCAUCCUCCCCCUGCCACAAGAAAGAAGGGAGCCCCACCGGGCUCUCCAUGAACUUGUGACUGCAAGAGACUCAAGCAAAUCUCAUGGAGCGGCCCCAACCUUUGCUAGACUGUGCCCCGAGCUGGUGGCCCCAAAGACCCCCCAAACGGAGGGGGCUCGGCUCCCUCUGAAAGUUGGGGGGCCGAGCGUCAGCUUUCUUUCCUUUUAACUCCCAAUCCAGCCCUGGAAAGCCCAGGGAACCUUGCAAUUUACGUCUAUCCUCAUUGGGAAGACUGAAUGGUGCUGAUGGAGAGAAGGAAAAAACGGGGGACAGGGGGGACACUUGAGGGGGGAGGGGGGCUUCUUCACAGCCGGCGGCUCAGGUUGUGGCGAGCAGGGCGGAUGUGACUGUUGGCUUUAAUAUUCAGAAAUGAAAAAGAAAAAUUUACAAAAAAAAAAGGUGUACAGUAUUUUUCCUGUAAAGGUUAUUAUUCUACGUAGAACAAAAGAGAAAAGGAAAAAAAAAACAUGAGAGAGCUGGGGUGCUGGAGGGAAGAAAGAGCUGCUUCUGGCUUCUUCCGGCCACUCGCCUGCCUUCUGGACUAGCCCCCCCUUAGGUUUGCUAACUUGUGUGCAAUCUCUCUCUGGAGGGUUUUUGUUUAGCAUUUAUUUUAGAGGCCUUAACAGUUCGAGGCUGCCCAUCUUCACGCUCUAGCACUGAUGGACUGAUGGGAGCUGUGUGAUUCCGACUCUUAACUUGAAUUUUGUAGCAAGGGGAAAAAAUUAUUGUUAAUGCGAGUUUGUAGUUCAUUUACCAUUUGGGGGGUUCCUCUUAUCAGUUAUACGUGUGUGGCUUCUUGGGGCUUUUUUUUCCCUGUUUUAUCUUGUUUGGGCUGCUGCUUUGCUGGUUGUUCUCAUUCCACCUCCAAAAGUUGUCUCGCCCCCCUCCCUCCUACCCCACCCCAGUGCCCCCUCCCCCAGCAGUGAGGGGGAAAACAAAGCCAGUCCCUGAGCUGGGGCGAAGCAGACGGUGGGGAACCCCCCCCCCCAGGCUCCCUUCCCUGCUCCAUUUAGGAAACCACUCCCCUCACUCCAUUCCCUCCCUUAUUCUCCAUCCUCUAGGCCUUGGCCGCCAUCUUGUUUAUGGUUCUGACAUUCAGACUGCCUCCCUGGCGAUAAAAUGGGCACAACCAAGGUUGGGUUGCAUGGGAACUAGUUUGGCGGCCUCUCUCAAAGCGGGCCCCCCCUCCCAGGACAGAGUCAGUGGGCAAGCCCCUCUCCACGACUCCCCCUCUUCAUUACAGAUGAUCGACCAGUUUUUGUGUUUGUUUUUUUUAACUUAAAAAAGGGAGAAAAAAAAAUACAAAACCAAACCAGGUACAACCCAUCCAAGCAGCCGCCAUAUGUUUUUAUUUUUUUGUUUUGGGGCGGCCCACGGCCCAGAGAGACACACCCACCUGAGGGAGCUUGGAAGGAAAAAGUGGGGAGAAGAGGUCAGAAAAUGAGCAUUACUGAUUAAACCGAAAAAGAAUGAAAUCAAUUUCAAACAAAACCUUCCCCCACCCCCCUCCCUCAACUCCCCACCCAAAGGCUCCUCCCGAGCUCUGUGACCACCUCCAGCUGCCGAAGACGAGCAAUCGCCAUCGCCCUGUCGACACCGUUCUAAGCCACAAAAACUGGAUUCAGUCUGUGGAAGGAAUUUUGUAAAGAAAAAAAUAAAACAUUUUUCAAUGUAGCAAAAAAAAAAAAGAUGAGGUCAGAGUGCGAGGUCUAGCCUCUUGUAAUAUAUUGCACAUUAGGACUAUAAGCCAUUGCUAGCUCAUUUCGAAUUUUAAUGUGUAAUUUUUGUUUUAUUUUCUUUCUGUGGGGAAAAAUGCCUGAUCCACCAAUGCCCUUUUUAAUGUUUUAUAACUAUGUAUGUGUAUAUAUAUAAAUAUCAAAUCAUAUGUAUGCACAUAUAUAUGUGUGUGUAUAUAUCUAUAUGUAUAUACAUAUAUAUAGAUAUAUAGAGAUAUAUAGAGGUUUUGAGACAAACAAAAAUGCAGAAAGUGAAAACUGAACAGACAGUGUGUGCUCCGAUUACUUGAAUCUGGUCUCCUCGGCACCUGCGUUAUUAAGAACUGAAUAUUUUUCCACUUGAAUUUAGUGCUAUUAGAAAUUUAAUAUAUGUGUUCUAUUUAUUUGAUUUUUUUUUUGCAUGACUGAUGCAAGGUUUGACAUUUUCACUCAAUAAAAACUGGAAAAAAAGUU